AUCGGUUGGCUGCCCGAUUUCCUUUCAAGCGGGUGUGGGUUAUCGUGACAUUUGCAUAACGAGCGGUUCGGUAGUUGGCGGCUUGUAUGCUGGAGUAUUGGUUUGCGAGUAGUUGAUGAUUCCGAUGGAUUUUAUAGAUUGUCUGCAUUGUGUCAAAUUGUUAAAUAAGAGCAACUAUUAUGAGUAAUGGAUGCUAAAAAGCAAAUUGAAGCGUCGGAUUGUCGUGUGAAUAAUAAUCUUGUAUGGCUGAUAUGUUCCACUAUUUGGUUGCCGUUUACAUUGCCUUAUUUGAUCUUCAAAGCAAUCGAUAUUACCAAAGAAUGGCGAUAUCGAGAAUGUCUACCGGGAAAGGUUGUCGUUAUUACUGGCGCUAGCUCAGGCUUGGGGGAGGCACUUGCCCAUGUUUUUUUCUUGGCUGGAUGCAAAGUUGUUUUAUGUGCCAGACGGAAAGAAGAACUAGAACGCGUCCGUAAGGAUUUGCUAGAACUUUACGCGACUGUCGUAACUCAUUCGCCAGUAGUCAUCCCCCUAGAUCUUUCGGAUAUUAAUUCUCUUCCGAUAAAGGUGAAAGAGAUUUUGGAUAUUCACGGCCAUAUCGAUAUAGUGAUAAACAAUGGUGGGAUUAGCGUCCGAUCGGAUUGCAUUACUACUACUCUGGACGUUGACAUUAAGGUGAUGUUGGUCAACUAUUUUGGAACUGUAGCGUUGACGAAAGCCUGUCUUCCUUCAAUGAUUAAACGCAAGCAGGGAAGAAUCGUGUGUAUCUCCAGUGUUCAGGGCAAAUUCAGCAUCCCACAUAGGUCAGCUUAUGGGGCAUCCAAGCACGCGCUACAGGCAUUUUGCGACAGUUUACGUGCAGAGAUGAACGAACAUAACGUGAAAGUGACUUUGGUGUCACCGAGCUACAUACGAACUGCUUUGUCUCUCAAUGCUCUGACCGGGGCAGGAGAUCCAUAUGGAAAAAUGGACUCCACCACUGCUUCGGGUGCGGAACCUGAAAGAAUUGCCAAACGUAUAUUAAAAGCUAUUUUACGUGAUGAACAGGAUGUAACGAUUUCUCAAGCGGCACCAAAAGUAGCGUAUUGGAUUCGCCAUUUAUGUCCAUCCUUAUAUUUCUGGAUAAUGGCCAGACGAGCUAAAAAAAUGAGUACAUCGAUCGAAGAGGAUCUAAAUUCUUCGUAAAGUAAUACACAUACCAAAGUUUUUUUGUUGCUGUGAUCACUACUCCUAACUAGCAAAAUUAUGAUUUCGGCUAAUAAAUUAUUUAGUAAAUUUA